AUGGCUACAAGAGGUCGAGCUCCACUAGCCUCGGGGUCUCGCGCGCGUCCCUCUGCUGGCAACGCAUCGGAGAGCACACCCACUCGUCCCACCCCGCUGGUUCAAAAGGUGCAGAAACAGGAAACAGAGUCGGAUCACUCCGCACCGCCAACUUCAGCACCUCCUCGUCUAGGCGCGCCACCGCUACCGGAUCCGCAUGCUCUUCCAGAUGCCUCUGCCAUCUCCAGCCCUCACGAGCUCACGGAAUGGGUGGACAAGCUGGCUGACAGUCUAGAGGCUAGAUUCGGAGAGAUGAGUGAACAGGUGGAGGCGAGGAGUGAGUCGGCCAAGGCUGCAUUCUGACUGUGCCAUGUUGACCACUCGUGAAUGCCGACCUUGCCUCAACGUAUCCUGACUUUCACCGCACUUCAGUGCGCGAAAUGUCGACGCGCAUCGACGCGAUCGAAUCGAGCAUCGAAGGUGAGUCGGGCACGUAUCUCCCUACAAUUCUCCUUUGAGCCCCAAUCGCUCUUCCCUGGGGCGACUGGCACAUGCUCAAGUGACUUCCCCCGUCUCCACCCAUGCAGACCUCAUUCAAGGCGCAAUAGCCCCCGUGCCGUCGUCAAAUGCACGAUCGACCGCAGGAGCUGCGCCAAGCAGCAGCGUUGGCGAGACAACUCUGGAUUAG